AUGGCGGCUUACAACAUCUCGUCAGGCUUCGUCAACGUAUAUCAGUCAGUUGACAAAACCAAGCGUCCCCUCACUACAUCGCUGGCCGUCGCGAGCUCGGCACCCUCGCCAUCUGGCGACAACGAGAAAAUCAAAGCCACGCUGCCCGAAUACUACACCGCACCGCCAUGGCGGCUCCUCUGGGACGACUUGGUGCUCUUCAUCAGGUGCAUCGGAUUCAUUCCUUUCGUCAUCUCCCCCCUAUGGUAUCCUCGGCGAGAAGGAGUAAGCUAUCCAAAGCUCGACAAGUCGUGGGUGCCCAAAUGGCUCCUAUGGGGCCCCGUUGACCGCACCAUCUCAGCCUUCCAGACUUGGUUCCAGGGCAUUGUCGAUCCCUACUAUCCCUCCGGCGAGAUGGAUGAGCUCUAUCCUUCGGCUGGAAACCUCUGGUGUCUUGCCGUGCAUGGAGUCCUCAUCGUGACGCAGCUCACUUUCCUCAUUUCGCUGCCUUUCCUCGCCACCCUCCCAUUCCAACUAUUCGUCCUUUACAUCGGCGGAUUCAUCUUCUUCAACUAUAUCGCUUGUUUACAGCUCAAUGCCGGUACCGAGAACAACUUGCUCAAAUCUCAGCAUGCUCUGUGGCCCGAGGCGGCUAAUUGGAAGUCCCUGGACCCGAACGAGAAUUAUAGCGAAGAAUGGAUCUUCUUGAACGGCGUAUCUGUUGGCUCGCACUGGCUGCAGGGAAACAUCAACAGACUAUCGCGGACCUUUCAACGUCCCAUCACGGGUGUCCACAAUAGAACGGCUGGAAUAAUCUUUGACCUCAUCCAGUGUCUCUUAGAGCGAUGCUUUUACUUUGGUACCUCGGACACCAGAACUUGCUAUGCGCUCAUCACAGCUGCUCUGGACCCUGCGCAGAAGAAAGACAAAACCGUUCUGAUCCUACACUCUCAGGGUGGCUUAGAGGGCAGUAUCAUCCUUGAUUGGCUUCUCUCCAAUUACCGCAGAGAGACCUUGCAUAAGCUGGAGAUCUACACUUUCGGAAAUGCUGCCAACCACUUCAACGAUCCCGAAUCGUCUCUCAAAGAACACGUUUUUGGGCACAUUGAGCACUACGGCAACACUGGAGACUUUGUAUCCCAAUGGGGGGUUAUCCACUUCAAGUCUCUGGUUGCUGAGCAGAGCAACCCCGAGCCAACGGAUGGAAGGCAUCCCCUCUUGCCCAUAGUGGAUGAUAUUUUACGCCUGGACAAGAGACAAAACACUUUUGCUGGACUGCUUUUCGAGAUUAACGUGUUGGGUCAUCUGCUCAAUCAGCACUACCUCGACAGGCUUUUCCCCUUGAACAAAACCCUGACUGGCGUCGUAGAAACUAAGGGCAGGCCGCCGAUGGAGUCCUUUAUGGACAAGCGCAUGAAAGCUGGAAACGGCCGUUGCGACAUCGAAGGCCACAGGGUAUGUCAAAAGAGCAGGCUAUGGGAGUACAUCAACGGCAAAAGGCCCAAGGAUUCUGUUUCAAAGAAGUCAUAG